UUCAAAGGCUAUCAAUAUCAUCACGAAUUAUUGUGGCUCAGCAUUUCUCUUUCAAUUCACAGCAAAAACAUAUUCCAAUGGAGAUCGCAAUUCUUCCCUGCAAAACCAUAAUAAUACCUUCAAAAAUCUCAGAAUACCCCUCUAAAUUCAAAGCAUUUUCAAGAAUCGCCCAACAAAAACUCGCAAACGACGCCUAUCUGAAGGGACUAUGCAACCACGGCCGCCUGACCGAAGCUAUUUCCUCUUUAGACUCGUGCGGUUCCACUGUGAGCCCCGCCACUCUCUCCAGCCUGAUUGAAUCGUGCAUCGAUUCCAAUUCACUUGACUUGUGCUACAAGCUCCACGCCACUGUCAAGAAAUGGGUCAAAGAACCCGACCCGUUUCUGGAAACCAAGCUGGUUGGUAUGUAUGCAAAAUGCGGGUCUUUGGAUGAUGCAUUCAUAGUGUUUGAGGAAAUGCGUCAGAGAAAUUUGUACACGUGGUCCGCUAUAAUCGGGGCUUGCUCGAGGGAGAAGAGGUGGGGGGACGUGGUGGAGCUUUUUUACUGGAUGAUGAAGGAUGGUGAUGUCAUCCCAGACAAUUUCUUGUUUCCGAAAAUCUUACAGGCUUGUUCGAAUUCGAGAGACGCAGAAACAGGGAGGUUGAUUCAUGGGAUGGCGAUCAAACUCGGCCUGAGUAGAGAACUUCGCGUGAAUAAUUCGAUUCUCUCUGUUUACGCCAAAUGUGGGCUUUUGAGCUUAGCUGAGAAGUUCUUUGAACGGAUGGAAGUGAACGACAGAGUUUCUUGGAAUGCAAUGAUUACGGGUUAUUGUCACGCGGGACAAAUAAACGAGGCGGAGAGAUUGAUCGAGUCAAUGAAGGAAGAAGGUCUCGAACCGGACGAGAUCACAUGGAAUGUAUUGAUUUCCAGCUGUAAUCAUCUUGGAAAGUGUGAUGUGGCGAAGAAGUUGAUGAAUGCAAUGGAAACCUGUGGAGUUAAGCCAGAUGUCUUUACAUGGACUAGCAUGAUUUUGGGUUUUGCUCAAAAUAAUCGGAGAUUGGAGGCGGUGAAGUUGUUUAGAGAGAUGCUUCUAUCUGGGGUUGUACCGAACGGUAUCACUGUGAUGAGUGCUAUAUCGGCUUGUUCUUCUUUGAAAGAUGUUAGAAAAGGGAAGGAAGUUCAUUUGGUUGCUAUAAAGUUAGGGCACGGUGAAGAUGUGCUCGUGGGGAAUUCGUUAGUCGAUAUGUAUUCGAAGUGUGGGAAACUCGAUUCUGCAAGAAGGGUUUUCGAUACGAUGUCUGAAAAAGACGUGUACACUUGGAAUUCGAUGAUUGGUGGGUACUGCCAGGCUGGAUACUGUGGGGUCGCGCACGAUCUCUUCAAACAAAUGCAAGAAUCGGGUUUUAUUUUGCCCAAUGUGGUGACGUGGAAUGUGAUGAUUACAGGUUACAUACAAAACGGAGAUGAAGAUGAGGCUAUGGAUAUGUUCAAUACGAUGGAGAAGAUCGGGGGCGUUAAACGGGAUACUGCCACGUGGAACGCUCUGAUUGCUGGAUUGUUGGAUCACGGGCAGAAGAAUAAAGCGUUGGGAAUAUUCCGGCAGAUGCAAUCUUGCGGUGUGAAACCGAAUUCGGUUACUGUUUUGAGCAUUUUGCCAGCGUGCGCGAAUUUAAUUGCGGUGAAGAAGCUGAAAGAGAUUCACUGCUGUGUGGUGAAAAGAAGUUUGGAGUCGGAGCUUUCGGUUGCGAAUUCUAUGAUAGACACGUACGCGAAGGCGGGCGAAAUAGAAUACUCGAAAAAAAUAUUUGCGAAUAUGCCAUCGGUAGAUAUCAUUACAUGGAACACGAUGACAACUGGCUAUGUUCUGCACGGAUGUGCUGACGAGGCGAUUGAGCUUUUCGAGCAUAUGACGAGGCAGGAGUGCAGGCCGAAUAGGGGAACAUUUGCUAGUGUAAUUUCUGCGUAUGGUUUAGCCAAGAAAGUCGAAGAAGGGAAACGGGUUUUUUCUAAUAUGACCGAAGAGUAUCAGAUUGUGCCCUGUUUGGAUCACUACGUUGCUGUGGUGAAUCUGUAUGGCCGUUCGGGGAAAGUUGACGAAGCAUUUGAGUUCGUGGCAAACAUGGCCUCGGAAGAAUCGGAAGAUGUGUCGAUUUGGAGGGCUUUGCUAACUUGUUGUCGUAGGCAUGGGAAUGUUAAAUUGGCAAUCCAUGCUGGAGAAAAACUACUCGAAUUGGAACCCGAUAAUAAUAAUGAUACUUUGUUUGUGCGGAAGUUGGUUUUGCAGUUAUACGAUUUACGAGGGAUUUCCAAGGAAUCUUUGAAGAUGAAAAGGAAAGAGACGACGGGAUAUUCUCUCGGGCGGAGCUGGAUCGAGGAGAAAAACACAGUUCACACUUUUGUGAGUGGGGAUCUUCGCCAGCUGGACGGUAAGUCUCUGCGUUCUUGGAUCGAAAGAGUGGAGUCUUGUAAUAAGGAAUCGCAGUAUCGUGAUAUGCUUAGUAUUGAAGAAGAGGAGGAAGAAGAAGAAGAAGAAAGUGUGGGAAUUCAUAGUGAAAAACUGGCGUUAGCUUUUGCUUUGAUAAAGUCUUGUCGAGAGUCGACUCCUCGAACUAUUAGAGUUGUGAAGAACGUGAGAAUGUGUGGCAACUGUCAUAGGUUUGCGAAGCUGGUCUCGAAAAGACACGGUUGUGAAAUAUAUAUCAGUGAUUCGAAAUCCUUGCACCAUUUCAAGAAUGGAGUGUGUUCUUGUCGCGACUACUGGUAAAAAAGAGCACGCAUACGAGAAAUCGAGAAGUGCAGGAAAGAGUAUAUAUUCUUGUGAAGUGUAUAUCUUGAUUGGCAUUUGUAUAAAUUUUGCUGUGAUUUUCUUUAUUUCAUGAUACAGUGAAACCUCUAUAAAUUAAUACAGUCGGGACUAGCAAAAUUUUAU